AUGAUGCAGAGGCCCGUUAACCGCAUUCGCCGCAUUAACAUCGCUCAGAGCGAGGUCAGCGCAGCGGAACUCCGCUUCGUGCUGCGCCGCUUCCCCCUCAUCCGCACGCUUCGCAUCCGCUUCUUCGGCCCCACCGUGCUUCCGGGGGCGCCGCGGGAGCAGCGCGCGGAGGACCGCCACCACAAGCGCCCAGGCGGAGGGGGAGUGCGGGCGGCAGGAGUAACAGGGGUUGGGGGUGGCGGAACGGGGCCUGGGGAAGGCGGAAGAACGACUGGAGGAGGCGGAACAGGGGCAAGGGAAGGCGGAACAGGGGCAAGGGAAGGCGGAACAAGGGCUACUGCUAUUAUGGGAGGAGAAACGCGGAGCGAACCUCAAGCCGCGGCGGCGGCGGACUCCGCUCCACCUGCCUCCGUCCCCGCCUUUCCGAUCAGCGACGCGGAUGUUCUAGACGGUUCUGCCAUUGUGAGGCUUCUCUCCCUCAACACGCCCUUACAAAUCCAACAGGUGGCGGGAACGCAAGUAGAAUACCUUUCCAUCUGUAACUGCGGCGAGUUCGAGGUUCACCAGGGAUUAAGAACGUAUAUGUGCGACACGAUCACCACGUGGGGGCGCAGCAUUCGUCACAUCGAGAUGCAUGACCCGAUGCCGACCGCGGACGAGUUUUGGAAAUGCGUGGGAGGGCACCCGAUGCUUAGCAAAGUGACGGUGUAUAAUUGCACGCACUUAACGGACCAGUUCGUGCGCCACGUGGCGAAGUGCCCCGCGCUCAAGGAGCUGUCGAUCGCCAGCUGUCCGAACGUGAGUGGCGGCGGGUUUGCUGAGCUGGCGGAAAAGUGCCCCGGAUUGGAGGGGAUGGUUCUGGAAGAUCUAACGCUGUCCGUGGUGGCGAAGAAAGCGCGCAGUGCGCCUGGCGGAGGGCGCGCGGGCGGGGGAGGGGCGGCUGAAGCGGCAGGGGGGAGAGAAGGGGAAGGGAGAGCGGAAGGAAGAGGGGAAGGGAGGGUGGGGUUGGAUGGGAGAGCAGCGGAAGGGGAAGCGGAGAGGAUCCGUGGAGGGGAGGGAGAAAGGGAAGGGGGCGGGGCAGGGGAGGAUGUGCGAAUGGGCGAGGGGAGAGGAGAGGCGGAGAGAGGGGCUGGCGGCAUGGAGGGUGGCGAGGGGCGAGAGGGGGACAUGGCGCAUGUGACGGAUAGGGCAGUGGGGGAAAAUGAGGCGGAUGGGUGGGAUGGGGCGGUGAGGGCGAGUGGAGAGGCAGAGACAGCAGAAGUUCAAGCAGGAGCAGUGGGAAGGGAAGCAUCAGGACGGGGAAGCAAUCUUGCUGCAUCCUUCCCCAACCUCUCCUCCGUGAAAAUCAUAAACUGCGCGCUCGAUUCUCAUUGGCUGGAAAUGUUUGCCGGGCAGCUGCCUGCCCUGCGCAGGCUGACCGUCAUGGCCUGCCCGGACCCGCUCGACCGUUUUUUUCUGACCGCUGCCCGGACAGCUGCCCGGCUGGAGAAUGUUGAGAUAGUAGACUGCGAGGGUGUGAGUGACCGCGGCAUUGUAGCUCUCCUGAAAGGCUGCCCGGCGAUCAACUGCCUGACACUGAGUGGGUGCGACGGAGAGUGGGGAGGGGGGGCAGAGGGAGGCGGAGGAGGCGAUGGGGGCGGUAGCAGCGGAGGGGCGAGGGUGACGGAUGAGAGUCUACGGGCGGUGGUGGUGCAUGGAGUGGGGUUGCGAUCGCUGCAGCUCAAAUGGAGCCCCGGCUUCACUGGCCUCCAGCUCGCGAGAGACGUGCUGGAUUCUCGACGGUGGUCUACCUUUGAGGCUGCGCCUUUUGAGGCGACCACCUUUGAGGCGACGCGAGAGGCAGAUCUGAUGCGAGACGGAUUGGUUCAAGGUGUAUUCACUGCGCCACCUCAAGACACGCGGUUACCAUCCACUAUGCAUCCCUUUGCCUCGGAUCCGCCCUCGCUGCAACAGUCACACCGGCUACAGUCACACGUGCUGCCACUGCUGCAGCUGGGGUGGAGUGGCCUGGAGACUAUACGUCUGGAGGGGUUGGAUGGGCUCUCUGAUUCCUUCCUGCUGCUCGCUGCUGCCACCUGCCCCCGCCUCUCCACACUCGCUGUGGAGUAUUGCAGGGAGAUCUCAGAGGCGGGGCUGAUCCCCCUCGUGCAGUCAUGCCACAGCCUGCAGCACAUGUGCUUCACUGGCUUCCGUGCCAGCCACCUCUCCGACCUCCUCCUUCACACCAUCGCCUCGCACUGCCCGCUGCUCUCCACUCUCUCCCUCCGCGCCUGUAGCGGGGUUACCACACAAGGCGUCACGCAUGUGUUACAUGGCUGCGAGCAAAUCACAAGGUGUCACCUGGCACGGUGCCCGAAUGUGGAUGAGGAGAGGGUGGUUCGGAUCGCGAGGGAGGUUGGGGAGGUUAGGGAGAAAAGAGCAGGAGGGAGCCGGCGUUCUGUAGGAAUGCCUGUGAUUGAGAUAUCGUAA